AUGGAAGUCUUCAAGAGUAAAAGUAGCGCAAGAACAUCAUCAUCAUCAGGAACUACUAUUAGCACUGUAAAAGUAAGAGUUUGCUGGUAUUGGUUCUUGGGAACCUGUGACAGAUACCAGCACUGUCAGUUUCUCCAUAGUCUUCCUGAAAAAGCAGACUUGAGCAAAAUCUCCUUCUCGGCCUGGAAGGACGGCGAAGAGCAACGCCACCAAAGCGCCGCCGAUCACAAAGCGACGACGGUCACGAGUAAGAGGUUUCCUAGUAUUAUUAGUAUCGAAAAGAAGAAGAGGAAGACUGUUUGCAAGUCUUGGUUGAACGGAAGCUGCGCGAGAGGCGAUCGCUGCUCGUAUCUGCACUCAUGGUUCUAUGGUGAGGGGUUUUCAAAGUUGUCAACCCUCCAUGGCCAUAACAUGGGUGUCAAGGGGAUUACCCUGACUUCAUCAAUGGACAAGCUUUAUUCCGCGAGCCGGGACGGCACACUUCGACUAUGGGAUUGCCAGAAUGGCCAAUGCAGCCGUGUGAUCAAGCUUGCCGGCGAAAUUAGUUCUUUGAUUAGUGAGGGCCCUUGGAUUUUUGUUGGUCUAACUAAUGUUGUUAAGGUUUGGAACACUCAGAAUGAUGCUGAAUUCAGUCUGGAUGGACCUGUUGGUCAAGUGCAAUCCAUGGUUGUUGCUAAUAACAUGCUCUUUGCUGGGGCACAGAAUGGUCAGAUAUUUGCAUGGAGAGGUUCCUCUGAAACUAAUAAUCCAUUUCAACCUUUGACAUGUUUGGUUGGCCAUAGUGAUGCUGUGACUUGUUUGGCUGUUGGUGGAAAGAGGUUGUUCUCUGGUUCUGUGGACAACACAAUUAGGGUUUGGGACCUUGAUACUUUGCAAUGUGUUGCGAUUCUGAAAGGACAUAAAGAUAUGGUGAUGUCUCUUAUCUGCUGGGAUCAGUAUUUGCUAUCUUGCUCAGAGGAUGGCACAAUCAAAGUUUGGGCUACUUCGCAAGCAGGCAACAUUGAAGUAAUCUAUACACACAAUGAACAACAUGGUGCUCUUGCACUUUGUGGGAUUAUGGACGCAAUGGGCAAGCCAAUCUUACUAUGCUCUUGCAGCGACAACUCAGUUCGUCUGUAUGAGCUACCAUCGUUUGCUGAGAGUGGCAGAUUAUUUGGAAAAGAAGAAGUUUGGACGAUUCAGAAUGGGCCUCAAGGAUUGUUUUUCACUGCAGAAGCCCAAGGCCUUAUCACUGUUUGGAAAAUGGCUUAG